UCAUCACUAUCAUAUGGCCUAUUGUAUGUUUGCUGCAAAUACAUCCCUGUUGUAUGGAAAGGUUUUAAUGUGAAUGUAUUUUUUAUAAAUAAAGCCGUCGCCACUGUGAGAGUAAAAUGUUCUAUGAACACAUUAUUUUGGCCAAAAAAGGUCCGCUGGCCAAGAUUUGGUUAGCAGCUCAUUGGGAUAAAAAAAUUACAAAAGCCCAUGUGUUUGAAACUAAUAUAGAAAAAUCAGUGGAAGGCAUAUUACAGCCAAAAGUAAAAUUGGCGUUAAGGACAUCUGGCCAUUUGUUGCUGGGUGUUGUGCGCAUUUAUUCAAGAAAAGCUAAAUAUUUGCUGGCCGAUUGCAAUGAAGCAUUUGUUAAAAUUAAGAUGGCAUUUAGACCUGGCAUGGUCGACUUACCAGAAGGCCACAGAGAAGCGAAUGUUAACGCCAUAACUUUACCUGAAGUGUUUCACGACUUUGAUACUGCCUUACCCGAGUUGAAUGACAUAGACAUUGAAGCUCAGUUCUCUAUAAAUCAGUCUAGAGCUGACGAAAUAACAAUGAGGGAGGAUUACGGUAGCCUGUCAAUUUCACUGCACGACGAUGGAUUUGGUGAUAUUGGAUUUGAAGCUGAAACGCCUGAAAUUAUGCGGGGAUCCUUGUCUACAAAUAUCAACGAUAAGCUUUUCGAUAGUGACGUCUUAGCAGAUAUAGAGUCAGAUGAUCCAAAUGCAAGAGGAACCCAGGCAGAAAUAUCCGGAGAUCGACUAGACGGCGAUGGCUUUGGAGAUUCGUUUGGCCAACCAGAACUCUUUGAAGACGACCUAUUUGGGGAGCCAACCCAACCAGCAGAGCAAACUAAAACCGAUACAGCUGUAGUAAACAUGCCCGAUGACUCAGAUGAUGAUGGUAUUGAUAACUUUAACAAUCUUCCUUCUCCGAGCUCAGUUGCUGACGACAAUGGCGAUAAUAACUUAAUUGAAGAGGCCAACGUGUCUGAUAGUGCGGCGUUAAAUGACUUGACGCUUGUUCCAAAUGAAGAUGAAGGCUUUGCACUGGCACCCAUUGAUGCAACUGUUUAUAAAGGCGUAACAAAGGCCAAGCGCAAGAGAAAACUUAUUAUAGACGAAAUCAAAAAUAUUUCAGGAGAAGAGAUGAAGGCUCAAUUAGCCGAUACAUCUGAUAUAUUGACCACUCUCGAUCUUGCUCCGCCUACAAAAAGACUUAUGUAUUGGAAGGAAACUGGAGGCGUUGAGAAGCUGUUUUCGUUGCCAUCCAGAUCCAUACCUGCCCGUGCCCUGUUGAAUAAUUACAAUCGACAAUUAUUAUCACAUUCAACGUCGUUAGAAGAUUUCACAAGUGUAGCGCCUAUGGAAAUCCUAGCACUGGAGUUUUAUGCUCAUGAAAACGAUACUUCGCUUAUUAUUAUAAAUAAAAAAGGGCGAAAGAGAAAGAAUGAGUUUUCUUCACUUCAAUCAUCUGACCAUAUUGCAGAUGCACUUAUCCAAAGUUUAGAAGCGCCCGAAGCUAUGAGGGAGCACCAAAAACUGUUAGGAAUAUCUGCUGUGUCGCUGGACAUUGCCACAAAAGAGCAAGAGAGCCAUGCAGGUCAAAGUGAAUCAGCCCUGUUUGAUAAUAUGAGAAGUCCAACAUUAUUAUCUCUGAAUGGCAUGGAACCAAUUUCAUCAAUUAAUGAGUUGCCAUUAACUCCAAGAAACACAAGCCAUGACAUGGGGGACGACUUUAACCACGGGGACUCGACGCCGGCUGGCCUGGAUCAUGGAGAUAUGACUCCACAGCACCAUAGCAUGGAAGAAAUUGAUAAUAUUUCGAAUCUUCCAAGCGAUAAAAUAAGCUCGCUAAUUAAUGAGGCCGAAACAGGACACAAUACGGAUGAAAACUGCUUUCAAAAGCCCAGCGAUAUUUCAACGGAUUGGAACAACUACGAUUUUCCCCCGUCUGAGGGUCAAAAUCAUAGUGAAGAACAGAUGGAGAAUGAAACGGAUGAACAAUUUGAGGAACGAGUAUUGAAUAAGAGAGCAGCUCAACUUUUUAUUGAUGUUAGAUCACAGUUCAAUAAUAAAGAGAACCUGGCGCUGUCUCAUCUAACUAUAGGGAACUCAAGGAAGCAGGCCGCUCAAAAGUUUUACUCCCUGCUUGUAUUGAAGAAAUUUAGGGUGCUCCAUAUUACCCAAUCCGCUCCCUAUGCAGAUAUUGCCAUCACAAGAGGACCAACAUUUGAGAAUCCAAAAAUGUAAUAAAAUUAUUUUAAGAAUGCAAA